CGAAAAGUUCAAGUGCAGCUACAAUUCCUUGACUUUUACAUAUUAAACUCAUUAUCAACACUCAUUAAAAGUAUUUGUGUUUCAAAGUCAUCAUCAACCCCUUUGUUCCUGCAUGGAUUCAUGUGACUUUCUCUUCACUCCAGCAUUCUCUUCCCUCUCACACACAUGACAAAAGAGAGAGACACAGAGAGAAAACAAUCAAACCAUCUGUCAGAAAACUGAAUGAUUUGUUAUGCAACUGAAAAUUCACUUUGAGUUGGGUUUUUAGUGGGCGCUAGUUAUAUUGUUGAAAGAGUGACACUUUUGAACUUUGGUAGUGGGAUUGGUGUUGCAGAAUUUUCAGUGGGAAUUUUGAACACUAGGUGUUUGAGGAAAGAUGGGUGUUGUCACCAUUGGUGAACUGAAGCCUAGCAUUUCAGGGAAGCGGUCGUUUCGUCCAAGUUCCAGUAUCAGGCAUGCCACAGAAUGGCCAAUCUCUGAUGUUUCCAGCGAUCUUACUGUGGAAAUAGGAGCUUCAAGCUUUGCACUUCACAAGUUCCCUCUAGUUUCUCGGAGUGGAAGGAUUCGGAAACUGUUGCUUGAAGCAAAAGAUUCGAAAGUAUCACGCAUAAUUCUAUCUUCUGUUCCCGGUGGACCGGAGGCAUUUGAGCUAGCUGCAAAAUUCUGCUAUGGAAUUAAUGUUGAGAUUACACAAUCAAAUGUUGCCAUGCUCCGUUCUGUAUCCCACUUCCUGGAAAUGACAGAAGAGUAUGCUGAGAAAAACCUAGAAACCAGAACUGAAGCUUAUCUGAAGGAGAUGGUGUUCCCAAACAUAUCAAAAUCAAUAUCAGUUCUUCAUCGUUGUGAGACCCUCUUGCCAACAGCAGAAGAAACCAACCUGGUUAGCAGGCUUAUCAAUGCAAUUGCAAAUAAUGCAUGCAAAGAGCAGCUCACCUCUGGCUUAUUGAAACUUGACCACAACUUUCCUACAAAAGCAGCUCCAAUUAUGGAACCUGAAACACCUUCAGAUUGGUGGGGGAAAGCGCUUACAGUGCUUAGUCUUGACUUCUUCCAACGGGUUCUAUCUGCAGUGAAAACCAAGGGUCUUAAACAGGAUAUGAUAAGCAAAAUUUUGAUCAAUUAUGCCCAUAAUUCUCUUCAAGGUCUUGUUGUCAGGGAUGCCCAAUUGGUAAAAGGAAGUCUCUUGGAUCUGGAAUUGCAAAAGAAACAAAGGGUCAUUGUUGAAGCUAUAGUUAGUUUGCUCCCCACACAAUCAAGGAAGAGUCCAGUUCCAAUGGCAUUUCUUUCGAGUUUGUUGAAAACUGCAAUUGCAGCAUCAGCAUCCACUUCUUGCAGAUCUGAUUUAGAGAGGCGGAUUGGUUUGCAACUGGAUCAGGCAAUUCUUGAAGACAUCUUAAUUCCUGCAAAUUCACAUGGGAACAACCACAGCACAAUCUAUGACACAGAUGCUAUAUUGAGGAUCUUUUCAAUAUUUUUGAACUUGGAUGAGGAUGAUGAGGAAGAUAAUCACUUGAGGGAUGAAAGUGAGAUGGUUUAUGACUUUGACAGCCCUGGAUCUCCAAAGCAAAGCUCAAUCCUGAAGGUGUCAAAGUUACUGGACAAUUAUCUUGCAGAAGUUGCACUGGACUCAAACUUGAUGCCAUCAAGGUUCAUAGCACUAGCAGAACUACUUCCAGACCACGCUCGGAUAGUGAGUGAUGGACUCUACAGAGCUGUGGAUAUUUUCCUCAAAGUUCAUCCAAACAUCAAGGACUCUGAACGGUACCGGCUGUGCAAAACCAUUGACUGCCAGAAACUCUCCCAAGAAGCCUGCAGUCAUGCAGCACAGAAUGAAAGGCUACCAGUACAGAUGGCAGUGCAGGUACUCUACUUUGAGCAAAUCAGGCUGAGGAAUGCAAUGAAUGGUGGCCACAAUCAGUUCUUCUUUGGGGCAAUAAAUGGAACCCAAUUCCCUCAAAGAUCAAGCAGUGGUGCUGGCAGUGGAGCCAUCUCCCCAAGAGACAACUAUGCAUCAGUCAGAAGAGAGAACAGAGAGCUGAAGCUUGAAGUUGCAAGAAUGAGAAUGAGGCUAACAGACUUGGAAAAAGAUCACGUGUCUAUGAAACAGGAGCUUGUAAAGUCUCAUCCUGCAAACAAGCUAUUCAAAUCAUUCACCAAAAAGUUGGGGAAGCUCAAUGCAUUGUUCAAGAUCAAUAGCAUUAAGCCCCUAGGGGGCAAGGCAAGCUCAGAGUCCAGAUUUCCAUUUCAGAAGCGAAGGCGUCAUUCGGUUUCAUGACUAUCUAGGAGUGUGAAUAUAUACAAGUACAAGAGUGUAUAGUAUUAUUUCUGUAUUGUAUUAGUAUAAUUAUAAAUUUACAACUCAUAAAACUAGUGUGGUGGCUUCUAAUCUCAGUUUGACAGUUUUUGAGUGUACGUACUUGAGAGAGAUUCUAUUUAUUUGUUAUAUAACUUGUGUUCUUGAGAUCAAAUCCCUCCACUUUUUUGAUCAAUAA